AGUAUUAAGCUGCGAAUGAAACGCGGCAGUAACAUUAAAAGAACGGACCGUUUCAGCCAUGUUAUUUUCUGUCUAUAUUUUGAGUUUGUCCGCCAUUUUGGUUGCCAACUAAAACACACGAGAGUGAGGCUCCCGUGGUUUGUUUCCAAGCAGUGGAAAAACAGAGAGGAAUCUGGAACCUAUUAUUCGUUCCAAUAUGUCGGACGAGUUGUCUCGGACUCAUGUUCAUUGACCAAAAUGACCGAGAAAAAAGACGGGUUUCUUCGAAUUGGUGGCGAUUCAGAUUUCCAAGGUCGUAGUAAUUCGAUCUUUGGAUGUCUAGACAAGCUUGAACCUGAGCAAAAGACUGAAAAGAGCGAAACAGAAUCGAAACCACUUGGAGCUCGUGCACCAAAACGUGUUCCAGAUCACGUUUUGCACCCAGAAAAAUGGACAAAGUAUAGUCUGGAAGAGGACGGAACUGAAAAGAACGUUGGUACGCUGAAUGGUGAUGCCUUAAACAGACAUGCUGCUCUCUCAUUUAUGGACGAAAUUCGUAAAAGAAAGGAAAAUUCCAACAGAAGUGUAGAAUUAGAGUCCGACGUAGCGAUGGCCGAGAAACACAUUUUUUCAAAAUCGGCCAUCAAACACAAAAUGGAGGUGGAUGAAAUUCUCCCUAAGUCCCUGCUUGUUGAUGGUGUCAAUAUCAUGCCUGAGUAUGUUAUAGGACAAUCUCCGGCUAAAACACCUAAAACACAGUUACAGGCUCAUCCCGCGAAAAAGACAUCUCACUCCCCAGGGGAUGCAGUUUGCCUUGAACACUUAAAAGAACAAGACGCUUUAGAAAAGGGUAUAGACAUUGUAUCUUCAGAGAUCACAAAGCCGAUCUCUGAUUCUGCAGGAGAAGAGAAACAGAGAACAACGUUUACUAAAAGAAAGGUCAAGGCUCGUGGAGGACUGCGUGAGCACAAACCCUCAGAAGACGAUGAAUGAUUCAUGCAGCGUUACCCAAUUACAUCUGUAUAUUUCUUUCCCCGUGACAGAAAUUUGUACCUGCUGGUCACUUAGAGAAUGAAAGUUAUAUACACCUUGGAAGGUCUACAUGUUAAGUAAAUUAUCUCACGUGUAGCUGUUGGUUUUCGUUUACAUUAACAAGAAGCUUAAGAAAGGUUAAAACUGCAGUGUCUUUGCUCCUUAAAAUAAAUAGAAGCUUAAGAAGUUCACUGUAUUGAGAUGGAGUGUGCGAGUGUGCGGUUUUUGAUGUUAUGGUUGUUUUUUGAUUUUUGAAAUCUCCAGUUUCAAAAUGAAAAGUGUAAUUGAAGGUUUGUGUUUAUGGUUUGUACAGAGAGUUGAAUGAUAAUUGUUUGAGUGUUAAAAGUUGCAAAAAUAGCUAACACCCACAUACACAUGCAGAAACUAGUCCACUUGACCACACAUGCCAGAAAAUGGCAGAAUUUGUGGUGAAAAUAUAAAGAGGAAGGCAAUUAUUACUGUUGCAAAUGCCAAGACUCAACAGGCCAUUCUUUGCAAACUUCACAAGUGUGGUUAAGAUCACAAGGUUUGUUUUCUCUCUUGCUCUGACUGUGUACUUGAACUAAAAUAACCCAACCCACAGCACUCCGUAAAGUGGUACUAUGACGAAAAUUGCAUCUUUCCUAUCUAAGCCAUUUUAAAACAUAAACAGGUAGUCUG